CUUGCUGUUUCUUGAAAUAUAUAGACAGAGGUUUAUGGUUCUGAGAGGGUAGUUCUUUCCGGUUCUUGGUAAAGAUGACGAUGGAGAAUGGGGAGGAUUGCUGCGUCAAGGUGGCGGUCCACGUCAGGCCGCUCAUCGGGGACGAGCGGCUGCAGGGCUGCAACGAUUGCGUCACCGUCGUCCCCGGGAAGCCCCAGGUGCAAGAUUCUCAUCCCUAUGGUUGUUCAGGUUCUUCUGGUGAUUAUGAAUGUCUUAAAAGUGAACGUCAGUAGUUUAACAGCUUUAUAAAUUGCGAAUGAUGAUUGAAGAAAUUUCAACAACUUCUUUUUUCUUUUUUUAUUUUUGAGGGAAAGAAAUUUCAACAUCAUUUCCAUCAUUAUUCACAAGUCACAAUCUUCUACUCCAGUGUGCUAAUCUCUUCUUCCUAUCAUUAUUCUCUUAGCCUUCAUUUCUAUGCUUAAGUAAUUUUUGAUACUCCUUAUGUGCAAAAAGAGAAGCAAGGAAGAUAGAUUAUACAAUUUGUAUCCUAGUGGCGUUGUCUCUUAUAGAUCAUGUUUAGGCAUUAGGAAAAUGCCAAAUAAAUUAGAAGAUAUUAAUGAUGAUAAGGUACAUAAGAUUUGUUCUGAAAUCUUCCAACAAAAUAAUAUAAAUUAAAGGAAAAAUAGCCAUUAAUAUUAGGCCUCUCCAAAUUUGUUGCCCUACAUACACCAAUAUAUAAAAGUAGUAGAACUACAGUUUAUGAGUUAUCUCACAAGGGUUUCGUGUAGGACUCUUUCAGAUAUAUUUCAUCAAAAUAAGCUUUACAAACUUUCCGAAUCUAACAGACCUUAAAUAAAUGACAUAAACAAUAAAAUUUACUUAAGAAACUCUGCUCACUCAUUGAACAUUUUCUCUACACAUGUCAGAAGAUCAAGCUUACAUUUAUGUGGCAUGUGUCCAAGAUUCUGCUCCUCCGUCAAUGCAAAAUUAAUAUAGAGAGUUCAAAGUUUCAGAGGUCAAUUUCAUGUCAUGUACUCUUUUGCAUGUGAAUCUAUUUAAGGCUGUAUCUACGGGCUAGAAUUUGAAAAAGAUCAUCAUUUUUUUAAAAGGAAAAUCCCUCCCUUUCCAACGCCUGUUGUCAUUUCUGAUCGAUACUUUGUUCUGCUUAAAGAGACUGAUUUCUACUGGUGGUCUACUGAUCAUGGCCAAUGAAUUUAGAAAUCUUGUUAGUCACAAACCUAACAAAAUUGUGUCUAUGUCACUGGAGAUGCAAAAAUACUUGGUGGCAUGGUUCUACCUCAACUUCAUGUACAACUGGGGACAAGACCGUAACUUCAUCAGGGAUGUCCAGGUGCAAAUUGGAACUCAUUCUUUUACUUUCGAUCAUGUAUAUGGUAGUACAGGUUCUCCAUCAUCUGCCAUUUUUGAAGAAUGCAUUGGCCCACUUGUUGAUGGUUUGUUCCAAGGAUACAACGCCACUGUUCUUGCAUAUGGACAGACGGGAUCAGGGAAAACAUACACCAUGGGAACUGCAUGUAGGGAUGGUUCUCAAACUGGACUUAUCCCUCAAGUUGUGAAUGCAUUGUUCAGCAAAAUCGAGACCUUGAAACAUCAAGCAGAAUUCCAGUUGCGUGUCUCAUUCAUUGAGAUUUUAAAAGAAGAAGUGAGAGACUUGUUGGAUCCUGCAUUUGUCAGCAAAGUGGAGGCUGGCAAUGGACAUGUGGUGAAGGUAACAGUACCUGGGAAACCUCCAGUACAAAUCCGUGAGGCAUCAAAUGGGGUCAUAACACUUGCUGGAACCACUGAAAUUGAUGUUAGUUCCCAAAAGGAAAUGGCUUCUUGUCUAGAGCAAGGUUCACUAAAUCGUGCAACUGGAAGCACAAACAUGAAUAACCAGUCAAGUCGUUCCCAUGCCAUCUUCACUAUCACAUUGGAGCAGAUGCGCAAACUUGAUCCAAUUAUUACUGCUGAUGGUGUCCCAAUUGAGGAUGUGACUGAAGAUUUUCUAUGUGCAAAGUUCCAUCUAGUAGAUCUUGCUGGAUCAGAGCGUGCUAAACGAACAGGUUCCGAUGGCCUUCGAUUCAAGGAAGGGGUUCAUAUCAACAGGGGUCUUCUGGCUCUUGGAAAUGUCAUAAGCGCUCUUGGGGAUGAGAAAAAGCGGAAAGAAGGAGCCCAUGUUCCUUACCGUGACAGCAAACUUACUCGACUCUUGCAGGACUCACUUGGUGGAAACAGCAGGACUGUCAUGAUAGCUUGCAUCAGCCCAGCAGAUAUUAAUGCAGAGGAAACCCUUAACACACUGAAAUAUGCUAAUCGUGCUCGCAAUAUUCAAAAUAAGCCCAUUGUUAACAGAAAUCCAAUAUCUAAUGAAAUGCAAAGGAUGCGUCAGCAGAUUGAAUAUUUGCAGGCAGAGCUACUUUGUGCUCGUGGGGGAGGAGCUGCAUCUGAUGAGAUUCAGGCUCUAAAGGAAAGAAUUUCUUGGCUGGAAUCUACCAAUGAAGAUCUUUGUGGGGAACUCUAUGAGUAUCACAAUCAUUCUGCUCACACUGAACAUUGUGGGACAGAUGUUCAUAAAGGUGGAAAUUGUUUUGUGAAAGCAGAAGGGCUUAAAAGGAGCCUGCAGAGUACAGACUCAUUUGAUUACCAAAUGGCUGAAACCCUAAGAGAAGGUGAUAAUUCCAAGGAAAUUGAUGAAGUAGCAGCAAAAGAAUGGGAACAUACAAUAUUGCAAGACACUAUGGGCAAGGAACUGAAUGAGUUAAAUAGGCGAUUGGAGCAGAAAGAGUCUGAGAUGAGAAUGUUUGGAGGGUUUGGCACUCUUGCUCUUAAGCAGCAUUUUGAGAAGAAACUGAUGGAACUUGAAGAGGAGAAAAGGAUAGUGCAGCAAGAGAGGGAUAGAUUGUUGGCUGAAGUGGAAAGCCUUGCUGCCUCCUCAGAUGGGCGAGCACACAAGUUGCCAGAUGUCCACCUACAGAAGUUAAAGUCCCUCGAAGCACAGAUUAUGGAUCUUAAGAAGAAACAAGAAAACCAAGUUCAGCUUCUAAAGCAAAAGCAAAGGAGUGAUGAAGCAGCAAAGAAGCUUCAAGAUGAAAUUCAAUUUAUUAAGGCACAAAAGGUUCAAUUGCAACACAAGAUAAAACAAGAGGUAGAACAGUUUCGCCAGUGGAAGGCUUCUCGUGAAAAGGAGCUUCUGCAGUUAAGGAAAGAGGGGAGGAGAAAUGAGUAUGAAAGACAUAAACUUCAGGCACUGAAUCAACGACAGAAAAUGGUUCUUCAAAGGAAGACAGAAGAGGCUGCUAUGGCUACCAAGAAGUUGAAAGAGUUGCUAGAAGCACGCAAAUCCUCAGCUCGUGACAACUCUGUCAAUGCAAAUGGUAAUUCUCCAGGCAAUCAGAUAAAUGAGAAGUCCUUGCUACGCUGGUUAGAUCAUGAGCUUGAAGUCAUGGUGCAUGUGCAUGAAGUUCGUGCUGAAUAUGAGAAACAAAGUCAAGUACGAGCUGCACUGGCAGAAGAGCUUGCCUUUUUGAAACAGGAGGAGACAUUCUAUGGGGGGGUAAGUCCCCCAAGAGGAAGGAAUGGAAAUUCUCGGACAUCAAAUAUGUUCUCUAAUGCAAAGUUAGCAAGAAUAGCAUCACUUGAGAACAUGGUGAGCAUUUCAUCAAAUACUCUUGUAGCAAUGGCUUCGCAACUUUCUGAGGCAGAGGAAAGUGAACGUGCAUUUACUGGACGAGGAAGAUGGAAUCUGUUGCGAUCGAUGGGAGAUGCAAAGAGCUUACUGCAUUAUGUGUUUAAUGUUGCGGCAGAUGCAAGGUGCCAGUUGAGGGAGAAGGAAAUUGAGAUCAAGGAAUUGAAAGAGCAGCUGAAUGAGCUCAUUGGUAUCCUCCGCCAGAGCGAAGCACGGAGAAAGGAAAUGGAGAAGCAGCAAAAGUUGAGAGAGCAAGCUGUUGCAAUUGCAUUAGCUACAUCAUCUUUGGGGAACUCAAAUGGUUCGUUGAAGCAUUGUGCUGAUGAAUCCAACACUCCAUUAUCUCCGGUUGCACUUCCCGCACAGAAGCAACUCAAAUACACUGCUGGCAUUGCUAAUAGCCCUAACAAAGGGACUGCAACAUUCAACAACGAGCCGCUAAAGAUGGUCCCAAUUGGGCAAUUAUCAAUGGAAAAGAAAAUGGCAGUAGUAGGAAAAGCAGGAAAGCUUUGGAGAUGGAAAAGGAGCCAUCAUCAGUGGCUAUUACAAUUCAAGUGGAAAUGGCAGAAACCAUGGAAAUUGUCUGAAUGGAUCCGGCAUAGUGAUGAAACAAUAAUGAGAGCUAGGCCUAGACCUCAGCUUCGUUGAGACUUGAUGUGAUGUGACAGCGUCGUUCUUUGUCACAUGUCAGUUCUCGAUCCACUCUGCUAACUAAUUUUACAGGGUAAUAAUACAGCUGGAUGCAAGUAAGGUUGGACAGAAUCCCCUUCUUCAAACUCUUAGUGAAGCAAUCAACUUGUACAUGUUCAUAGGAUUUUGCUUUAGAUGUAAAUUCUGACCAUAUGUAUGAAUAUAUCCAUACAAACAAGCAAAUACUCAGCCACAUGCUUAUGUUUCAGUCUCCAUCGAUGAUUAGAUGCCAAAAAGACCAUUUGGAAUGGAAAGAUUUUUGCUGGUCAGUGAGAAAAGUGAAACUGUGUUCACUUGCUUGGUGUUUUAGCUUGAAUGCAUUGGAAGCAUCUUGUAAGGUGAUUUUGAUGCUGCUGCCUUCCUCAAAGAAUUGUUGGGCUGAGCUGAAGGUACUGAUGGAUAUAGAAAUUCGCGAAUGGAGGUGAUGUUAUUGUUUAUUUUUCCCCAAUUAUUGUAUUACUAAAUCAAAGAAAUUUGAAUACAUGUUUUGACCCUUCUGGCUUGUUUUGAGUUCUUUGUAAUUCUUGUCCAGUCUUCUGAGUGUGGGAAGUAAUUUUUGUGAUCUGUGUAUUAGCUACAGUUAUUGAUUGUCCACACGAAAGGUUUUGGCCCCA